AAUGUAUACGCGUUCUUUCACCGCGACUGAUAAGGCAUUACGGGACACACAAUCCCAUCAUUUCUCCCCGCAAUUAGCUUGGCAAAAGACAUCUUGGUGGUCUCUCUAGUGUGUGGAAAUUGUGGUAAUUUGUGGUGAGAAAAUUAGUUUCGAUCUAAAUGUUGAUUAAUUGUUAAAAUAAAGUGUGUGGAGGAAAAAGAAAUGCGGAUUCUUUGCGUGGCAAUUAUUGGAUUCAUGUGGCUGGUUCCACGUGUUUCACUGUUUCAGACGGAUUAUCGCGUAAAUGGGGCCACGGAGGAGCAACUGCGGGAAAUUCAGCAACUGAGGAAUGAGCUUGAUGUUGGCGAUGCACCACGUGCUUCGGGGAAAUCCCUCGUAGAGGCGGAUGCAAUUCGCGAAGAGAUUAUGAAUGCCGUGAAGAAUAGGCACUAUGUCCAUGGGAGUGAGCCUAAAAGUCAACUUCUCAAUGCUGCCCAUCUCUGGGGGAGUUUGGGGAAUCUCUUCAAGCGCCGGCGUGUUGCUGCAAAUCAGGGAGGUGACGGUGAGGAGAUGGAUCCGGAAGUGGAAUCAUCGGAUUUUCACAUUCAUUUCCCACAUCUCUCGCAAAUGUAUCGCGAUGUUCUCGAGUUGGAUUCCGUUGAAGAAGACAUGAGCUUUGAUUUGGGCGAUAAUGUUGUCUACUGGAAAACUCUUCAGCCACGGAAAAUUGGGAAACAUGCUCUCGUGGGAAUUACAAAUUCCAGCGUGGUUCUGCUGAAGGAAACAGAAGGGCAUUAUGAGUUCAUUGGGGAGCUGGAACUCCCUUCAAAACCCACCUGCCUCGAGGGAUUUGUUCAGUGGGAUGCUGAAGAUGAAGCAGCUGAAGGAAUAGUAUUGGUGGCUAUAGCCAAUGAACUCCUAUGGAUUGAUUUAGGAACAAAUUUCAGUGAUCUCACAAUUUCUUGGCGAUGGAGUUUGCAUAAAAAUCUCACAGAAAUUGAUUUCUUCUCUCUCAUGGAGGAACCAAUGGUGAUUGUAAUUAGUGAACCUUCAACGCCAAAUGGAAGAACUUCAGCUGAUAUCUAUCGCUUUGAUUACGCCGCCAAGGAUUUCUGGCUGGUCCAGACUAUUCCCCUGGCCGUACCAAGUACAUCUGUGGCUGUUCUUGAAGACAGCACUAAUUUGGUCAUUGGAAUUCCCCAGCAGAACAUCACUGUGCUGUACAAAUAUCUCAAAGAAUCCAGCUUUAAUCGGCAUUUCGUGCAUUUUAUGGAUAUUGAAUCUCCGAAUGUAGCUCACGUGGCGAGUUUCAGGAUUGGAGGGAAUUCUCACCUUGCCAUUGGAGGGAGCAACCCCCAAAUUUGGCGUCUUGAUGAUGAAAAUCUCGAAUCAGUGGAAAUUCGUCACAAUCACUUUGGCCUGGUUGAUUUUUGGCUCCCAAUUGUGGCUACAACAUACCGGGAUGAUCUCAUAGUUCUCGUGCAGCAUAGAGUUCAGCUGCAAACGCACAAAGUGACCAAAUUGGAAGUUCUCGUGUGGAAUGGAGAAUUCUUCAGUAGCCUCCUCAAUGUGCCGUGUAUCCUCUCGGAUAUUCAAUCACAAUUUGGGAUUAGCUGCAUGUUAGACUUUGACAGGGAGCGAGGACUUGAGGGCUCCACAAUAAUUCGCCAUGGAAAGAAUAUUUCAAUUCUCGUCCCGCGAGAUGAUGCUGAUUCUGGGUUAUUUGUUCUCAAUAUGCAAAUGAGGGCAUCCUACCAUCCGGAGCAGGAGCAUUUUGAGGAAUUCCGCAUGAUGUAUGAUUACUUCAGUACUCUCAGUGAUUACAAAGAUCACGUGUUGGAGGAGGCACUCGACGGCAUUAAAAAUGCUGUAAAGCUGAAUGAAUCUAAUGCCAUCUCUGCUCACUGGACUGUGGGAUCUCUCGAAACGCCUGUAUUUGAAGUAGCAUCGGAUGAAGCUGAAUUUGGAGAAGACUAUGAGAUUGCAGUGGGAGAGAAAUUGUGGACAUUGGAGGAUUCAAUGCUCGACAUUCCGACUAUUUCGGAAACUAUUGGGAGCAUUGAAAAGGGAGUGGAUGAAUUAAUUAAUUAUGCCGUUGAGAGAGCUCGAAAUAAUGCUAAUUUCGUCAAAGAUUCCCCAUCAAUCAAUCUUGGGAGUAUUUUCUCAAAUGGGCGCUUCUCCACGGAAGGAAUCUACAUUCUAGACUCAAAAACUAACCAGAUGAUUGCUGCAACCACAGAGAAUGAUGCACGCGUGAAAAGAAACUCUAAUAGUAGUGCAGUUGCAAAAGAAUUAAUAGUAAAAUACCUCGAAGUUGAUUCAAUCAAUGGUAUACCCACAAGUAAUCUCAUAUUCAGUGGCAAUGAUAAAAUUACAAUAGAAAGUGAUUUAGUAAUUGAUGGACCACUUGAGGUUGAGGAAGAUGUACAGCUCCGUGGAAAGGUAAAUGGAAAAUUUCUUCAUGAAGAAGCAAUUGAGACUGAGAGUGAAACAUACUACAGAGAUAUUUUGGAAUUUGAUUCGUUGCACAUCAAUGAAGAUCUCAUCGUACAGGAAAGCGUCAAUGGUAUGGACCUCGUGCAAUUCUCACAAGUUUUCAUUACACCCGCUUUGCCGGAAGAUGUAAUUGCCGAUGAGAAUAUCACGAUUGACGAUGAUUUUACAUUCAAAACCAUCAAUGGGAUCAAUUGGGAACAAUUUAUCUCUCGUAUCGUCAUGACUAAUCUUCCAAUUUCGCUGGGAAAGAUUAAAGUUAAUGGGGAAGUUUCCUUCAUGGAUGAUUCAACGGUGGACAUGAUUAACAAUAUCACCUUCCCAGAAGGUUUUCUCUGGGCAUGGAAUGGAACAUCUGAUGAACCCCUCCCAGCGGUUGUAACCGGGCACAAGAAAUUCAAGACACUCGUUGCUUCUCUCGUGGAUGCGGAGCAUAUGAUCAACGACGUGAUCGUGGAUAAUGUGAUCACGUUAAAUUCCAUCCAAACGAUUCCUGGAGAGACAACAUUUAACCACCUUGAAGUUGUGGGGGGUCUUGAGGCGAGUGGGAAGGUUUAUGGAAAGCAUUUAGAUGAUAUUUUGGAGAAUCCCACAUUGAAUGAGACGAGGCAUGUACGAUCGGCAUGUAUAUUUCGUGAUUUGCGAGUUGAGGGCAAUAUUAUUGUUAAUGAUUCAAUCAAUGGGGUUGAUUUUCACAAUUUGCUACGGGAUGCCGUCUACAGGACGGAUGAGACAAUUAAUGUAACAUCCUUCAAGUCCUUCAACAAUGUAAUUAUCAAUUCGAGCAUAAUACUCACAUCCAGCCUCCUCAAUGGAGUACCCUUGAAGGAGUUUGUGACAAAAGAUAGCGAACAGGAGCUCCAUAUUAGGGAGCUCAAUGGUGAUAUCUAUUUCCAUUCACUCGAUCUCGAUGGGCUAUUUAAUACGGUGAAUGUCACAGAAUUGGAUUACGAUGCCAUUAAAUUGUCAGGGCAGCAGCACACAGAGGCAGAGAUUAUAUUUGAGAACGAUGAUCUCGGGGAUUUUGUGGACGUUCUUGCCGGAAACAUGGAGAUUGCCGAUAGUAUCAAUGGGUUUAAGAUGCACGAUUUAAUUGAUACCACGAUGGACUUUGAACUCAAUGCCGAUGUGGAAUUUGAGAAGCUGCGAGUGGAUCAAUUGGAUGUACAUGGUGGCAUGAAUGGAGAAUAUUUGGUCAAUGACAUCAAUUUGGGUGAUUUCGAUCGACGCAGAUUGAGCUUAUCCCGAGAACAGAUCAUCGAUGCACCUUUUCACAUUGACUAUGCACAAAUUGAGAUGGUCAAUGUUAGUAGCAUCAAUAAUUUCUCCAUUGACCAUGUUGAGAGCCUGCUGCGGAAUGCUGAGAAUCUUGAGGAAGUCAUCAAGUCCGGCAAGGUGCCCAUUGAGACUCUCACGGUGCGUGGAGAUGUUUAUUUGGAAAUGGUCAAUGGGAAGAACUUUACAAGCAUCACAGGUGAUGCCAUUUGGCUCAAUGAGACAAACACUUUUGCGCACGAUGUGAAAUUCUUGGAUAAAAUUAACUUCUUGGGAGAUCUCUCUGUCGAGGGGAAACUCAAUGGAGAGAAUUUUGAAUUAUUCCUUCAAAAUAUCGUCCAACGAUCACAUGAUCCCAUUAUCCUGGCAGGACGUAAAACCUUCAAAAAGACCCUCCAUGUUGCUAAAGGGAUUCAAGUGGACUACAUCAAUGAUCUCCAUGUGGACAGCAUGUUAAUUCAAAAUAGAAGCAAUGUGAUCAACGGGGAUCUUUCAAUCAGUGGGAAUUUAACUGUGAAGAAACUCAAUUUCCUCGGGAAGAUCAAUGGAUAUCCCAUCACUCAUCUCAUGGAUCUCUAUUCGUACGAUCCCAGUGAAAAUCUUCAUCAUAUCCAUGGCGAUGUACAUUUCUACGAUCACCCUUAUGUUCAUCAUUUAGUUGUUGAUGGAUCACUCAAUAAUCUCGAUCACAUUACGGAGUACAUGGAUGGGAUACUGCUGCAUACGCAAAGGGGGCGCAACAUAACAGGAAAGAAAAUUUUCCGAAAUGAUGUUUUCUUCGAUAACACCCUCAAGGUGGGCAUUGUCAAUGGGAUCGACUUCCAGGACUUUGUGGAUAAUGUCGUGCUCAUUGAUAAGUCAGGAUAUUCCGCGGAUAUCCACGGCAGUGUGACCUUCCUCAAUGGAUUAGUGGAAGCUCCGGAAGUUUUCGUGCAACAAAACCUCAUAGCUCACACCAUAAUGGGUUGUAGUCUGCACAAUCUCAUUGGUGAUGCAGUUUGGACGGAUAGAGAUUUAGAACUACCGUUGAACAUCACUUUCGGUCCCGGAGCUCUGUUGGCAGAAUCAAUUGAAAGUGAUUCCCUUAAUGGGAUUCCCAUGUCUAAAUUCAUUACAUUGCACACUGAGCAGGAGAUUGAAGAAACUCUCGUGGUACCCGACGUGCUGGUCAAUCAACCAAUUAGUGUCGAUGGGUUUGUCAAUGGAGUGAAAUUGCCGGAAGAGCGAGAGAAUACCCUCAUGAUUUUUGGUGAUCAAACAGUCGAGACAUCAGUGAGCUUCCAACAAGCCAGAAUCCUCAAUUCCUUGACCACAACAGGACUGGUUAACAAUCAGAACAUUCGCAAUGUGGCACUUUUAAGCUCAGACCUCAUGAUUAAGGCUCCAGUGUCAUUUGAUUACCUCGAAGUGGAGAAUGUCUUCACGGAGCAUCUCAUUUCUGGGAUAAACUUCACAAAAUGGCACGAUAGUGUCCUAUGGCGCAGUGGGAAGGACAAUCAAACAGUCACUGGGCAGUGGGUGUUUAAAAAUUGCCACAUUGAGGAGGCACUCGAUGGAAGGGGGACAAUCAAUAAAAUUGAUUUUAUCCAUAUGAUGACCCACUUGAAGGGUAAUCCCCGGAAAUUGGCUGAAAAGUUGGAGCACACAGAAAAACUCUAUGUGGAACUUUGUCGGAAAAUAAUGAACGAGCGCCGGGGAAGGCAUGAUAUUUGUUUCUUCCGCUACUUUGAGCCACACUACAGUAUCUGGGAGAAGGGUGAGAAGAUUACAUCUCAUCGCUUUUACGAAAACAAUGGGCAAAGUUUCUUCAUUUACUCUGCGGGAUGUCACAGCCGGCUUCACCAGUGGGACCCCACGGAGAAGCGUUUCAAUCUUCUGGGAACGAUAAAUACGGGACAAAUUGAUGAGUGGAUUCACGUGGAGGAUGCCUUGGGAGAUGCCCAUUUGGUGGCAAAUGGUCCAGCUAAUCCUAAAUGCAAUGAAAGUGGAAGUGCCGUGUGGAAGUGGACUGGAGCCAAUCUUGUGCGUGUUACUCACAUGGAUCAACGCUUUAAAUCCCUCAUUGGCAAUGCACUGCGUCCUGGGCAUUUUUACGCCAUUGACAGUGGGAAUGUUGUCACGGAAUAUGAUCUCAGAGGGAAGUCUGGGGAGAAGUGGAAACCAUCUCUUGGGGCGACGAGUCUCAAAUUUAUUCCGCAAGAAGUAAAUCUUGGACUUGCUGUGACCGAUGGGAAACGCAUAAAGGUCAUUCAGGAUAAACAAAUGAGGAGGAGAAGGAGAAUUAUUCGUGCUACUGACUCAUCCGCAGAGGACAUCACUGUGGCGAAUGAUGACUCAGAUGAUUCUUUUGUUAAUUUGCUGAAAAAGUACAGUGAAAUCCUUAAAUCAAAUGCAUCAGUUGCCAAUGAAUCAUUUGAGGAUUUUUCAGAGAAUGAAAUAGUUGGGGAUAAAUUAUUUGACCAAUUUCAAGAUUUAAUGAAAGAAGGAUCAAAAGCAUUCAUUGAUACAACUUUUGAACUUAUUGAAAUGCUCAAGGAUACUGAAGAGAAAGGAGAAGAAAAGAAGGAAGAAGGUUCCAUGGAAUAUGUUGGAGAAGCUGCAUCAAAUGCAACAGAUCCUGCUGAUGUUAUUUCCAAGGAAGAAUUCCUCAAUACACUGAGACAUGUCCUGGCCAAGAAGAUGUCUUCGGUACAAAUUGCAAUGGGAGCUCUUUCGGAGAAAGAUCAUCCACUCAAUGCAAAUGCAACUUUAACGGUGAUCACAAUUAAUGGGACAUCCCUGAAAAAUGAGGAUUUUGAGGACGUAGCAGAAGAUGCAAUUGAUUUAUGGCUCAUGGAGCUUCUCAUGAAUGAUAAAAUUAAUGAAAUUGUUGAUGAUAUGAAUGAGAAGCAUCUGCCCAAAGUUCAUGUGAGUCACACUCUGCAGAAAUUAAAUACCUCAACGGAUACAUCUGAAGGAUCAUCCAAUGUAUCGCCAUCCCCACCAGUCAGUACACUAAAAGAGGCAAAAGAAACUAAUAAAACAGAACAAGUAUUGUCUACAAGAACGGAUUGGUCAGAACCAGCAAUAAUCUACUCAGAUCAGGAUCCACCAUUUGAGGAGCUAACAGGUGAAGUUGUCCUUCUCACCGUUGGUCAUCCGAUGUAUCGAAGAAAACUCAUAGCUGUGGCAUCGAGGAGACGGAGCACAAUCCCCGGACGUCAAGAUAUAAUCUACCUGUAUGAAAAUGCCAUUGGAGAGACAAUUUUCCAGACACUUCCAUGCCAGGACCCUUCGGGACUUACAGCCCUCCAUCUACGUGAUGAAACUCUCCUAAUCUUCGUGGAAGCAGGUGUGGAUGUUCAAAUUUACAGCUACCAGGGUAUUAUGGGAUUCAGGAAAAUCUCCCAAUUCCACAUAAGCUCCCCAGCACUUCAUCUCACCACCAUCUCCCUGCCUGUCGAUGGGGAUUAUCGACUGAAUUACUUGGUAGUGACGAUGGCGAAGGAAAUACUCUUCUUGGAAGCCAAAAUGAUGGGGAACUGCCGAGAUGUGGAAGUGAAUUGUGAUGAGCAAAUCCCAAAUUAGAUUCCACCGAGGAUGUGAUUACAUCUCAGCUGUUUAUCAUCUCCCAUAUUGUACCUCUAUUCCAUCUAUAUUUAUCCAAAUUGUUGAAUACUCCAAA